AUAUAAUAUUACUAUGCAAAAAAGGCCAUCUCUAUAUAUAAGAUCAAUAUCCAUACCAUUAAUUUCAUCCCACCAAAGCAUAAUACAAUCUCAUCUCUUCAUCCAUUACUACUCAAAUCAAGUGUAACAUAUUCUUAUUUAUUCUCAAAGUAGAAGAAAAUGAAGAGUGGAGAUCAUUCAACCACCAUUGAUGUUGCAGGGCCAAGCAACUCAUCAACAAAAGGAAAAUCAACUACAGUUUUAGUAGCAGCCCCCAAAGCCACAGGAAUGAAGAAAGGAAUGGCCAUAGCCGACUUCGUCUUAAGGCUUGGCGCCAUAAUUGCUGCGCUUUCAGCUGCAGCCACCAUGGGAACCAGUGAUGAAAGUCUUCCUUUCUUCACUCAGUUCUUCCAAUUUGAAGCUAGCUACGAUGACAUGCCAACAUUUCAAUUUUUCCUGAUAGCAAUGGCACUAGUGAGUGGCUACCUAGUCCUCUCUCUUCCAUUCUCCAUAGUCACCAUUGUUCGUCCCCAUGCAUCUGGAAUCAAGCUCUUCCUUGUCAUUAUGGACACUGUGGCACUAACUCUGGCCACUUCAGCCGCGGCUGCAGCGGCCGCCAUAGUUUACUUGGCUCACAAUGGCAAUGCUAGCUCGAACUGGCUUGCCAUUUGUAACCAAUUCACAGAUUUCUGCCAGAAUGUGAGUGGAGCUGUGGUGGCUGCUUUUGUUAGUGUUGUUGUCUUCAUAUGCUUGAUUCUGCUCUCUGCUUUGUUUCUCAGAAAACAUUAAAUGUUAGAAGUUGUUCACCAAAAAUUUAUCAAGAAAAAUCUCCAGAUCAUGGUUAAUUUCUAUUAAUUGUUUAUGAUGUGUGUAAUGUGAUGAUGAUUUUAUUUUACUUUGUUAUUUGCUUGGAAAAAUGUUAUAGUAGAGUGGAAUAUAUUGUAACACUUUGUUAUUAUCCUUAAUAUAAUUGUAAACUUUGAUUUGCUUCACCUUUUAAUACUAUUUCUGUCUUUUCUCUAAUUAUUAU